CCAUGGCAGCUGACUUACAAGUUGAAAGGCGCGAUCCUUAUGUCCUCACAAUCACCAACUUCUAUUGUAGCCUAUAAGUUGCUAUCGGGCAGCAAACGCAGUGGUUCUUCACAUAAAGGUAACCACAUUCCAUUCGCUCUGCCUUCGAUCCUACUGACUCUGCAGACAAAUGACGCACGAGAGUUUAAUGCUGACCACACAGUGUAGUCUACUGCUCCUAUGAUUGACGGAAUACUAAAAUCUGUUUCAGCCACCCAUGUCCUGGCACGACCUGAUGUGCAGCCGGCUGUGGAGCUGUCCAUUUCUCCCGGCGAUGUGCUGGCAACACCCGACGCGGUUGUGCAGGUCGCCAUCAGCCAACCGACAUAUGCCGUACAUGUGCUGUACCGCAGUCGAGGUGGGCCUCUGGAGGGCGCCUCCUGCGUGUGGGCCCACAUCGGUCACAGCGGUUGGCGGGAUACCCGGGACGUGCGCCUGUCGAACAUCGGGCCCGACGGCAACAGCCAUGAAGAGGUUUGGCAGGGCACCUAUCAGGUCCCCGUCGGGCGCCUAUCAGCCCCCUGGCAUCUGGAAGUUCAAAUGGUGUUCAAGGGCCGAGUUGGGGGGCUGGGAGGCCACCCCCACAACCACCCCUGGCCGGGUGAGGGGGAGGAGCGUUGGGACAACAACGGCGGCUCCAACUGGGUUGUGGCGGUGGAGCUGGCUCCAGGGGGGGAGAAGCUGGUGCCCGCACUGGACUCCAACUCGGCAGCGACGAGGGCGCUGACCAGCAGUUUGUUGUUGCGGUUGGAGGCGCUGGUGGCGUCACGACUGCUGACACCCGAGCAGGGUUCCGUACUGCGAAUGCUGGCGUGGCAACAUGACCUUAGUACGGUGAAAGCUUUCCAGUCUGUACGGCAUUUGGACGACAAAUCGGUGGCGGGCGCGCUGGCGGGGCGCUGCGCGUGGCUGCGACCACCCGGGUUAAAUGUCGUACAUGUCGCGAGCGAGUUAGCGCCUAUUGCCAAGGUGGGUGGACUGGCCGACGUGGUCUCCUCGCUGGCUAAGGCCCACCAGAUGUCAGGACUGCUGACGGAGGUGAUACUGCCAAAGUACGACUGCAUCCAGUACGGUGAUGUUCAUGAGCUGCGCCAGAUGUGCGAGCUGGCUGUCCCCUGGGGGCCCGAGCCGGGUCGGGUGGUGAAGGCGGUGGUGUGGAGCGGGUGUGUGGAGGGGCUGCCCGUGUACUUCGUGGAGCCGCACUGCCCGGAGAGGUAUUUUUGGCGUGGCAAGUUUUACGGUGAGCCGGACGACGCGGCUCGGUUCUGUUUCUUCAGUCGGGCGGCGCUGGAGUUCCUGGCCCAGCGGCAGCAUGAGGCCCCGGACGUGAUCCACUGCCAUGACUGGCAGGCGGCAGCGGUGGGGCCGCUGCUCAAGGAAACCUACCGGGCGUCAGGACUCUCCCGUACUCGUGCCGUACUGACCAUUCAUAACAUGGCCUUCCAGGGCGCCAUUGUGUAUUGCGACCGCAUCACCACCGUCAGCCCCACCUACGCGCGGGAGGUGCUCCGAGACGAGCCCCACCUGGGUUGCGGGCUGCAGGCGGUGAUGAGGAGGCACACACACAAGCUGGAGGGGGUGCUGAACGGCCUGGACUACGAGACGUGGAACCCCGCCACUGACCCGUACAUAUCCGCACACUAUGCCCCGGAUGAUAUCUCGGGGAAGCGCACCUGCAAAGCCGCGCUCUGCAAGGAGCUUGGCCUUCCGUUUGACGGAAUAACCACCAACGGUAACAACGGAAAUAACAACGGCAAUGCAAACGCCAACCAUCAUCAUCACGAUACUGCGCACAACGGACAUGACAAUAAUGGAAACAGCAGCAACGGACAUGGUUGUUGGGGUCCUAACGGCCGGCCGUUGGUGGCGGUUGUUCAGCGGGAGUGGGAGGCCCUGUCCCGGGAAGUGGCGGCUGGAAGUGACGUACGUGUCGUACUACGGCACGACGAUGCGCUGAGUCAUCGCAUAUUUGCGGGUGCGGAUCUGCUCCUGGUGCCGUCUUUGUUCGAGCCGUGCGGACUCACGCAGCUCAUCGCCCUACGGUACGGGACCGUACCAGUUGUACGGGAGACGGGGGGCCUUGCCGAUACGAUACGCGACGUGGCGCACUCGGGGGCUCCGGAACCCGAACGUAACGGCUUCACGUUUGUGGCUCCGGAGGAGACGGCGGUGACGACCGCGUUGCGGCGAGCUAUUGCGGCAUACAGGGACGGUCGCGAGUGGUGGGCGACCGAGCUGGUGCCGCGGGUCAUGCGUCAGGACUGGAGCUGGUCCCAGUCCGCCGAGCGGUACCGGGACAUUUACAACACCGCAAUCGGGCUGUGA